AUGCCCCCAGGGAGAGCGGUGUCCCCAGGGAGAGUAGCGUCCCCAGGGAGAGUAGUGUCCCCAGGGAGAGCGGUGUCCCCAGGGAGAGUAGCGUCCCCAGGGAGAGUAGCGUCCCUAGGGAGAGUAGUGUCCCCAGGGAGAGCGGCGUCCCCAGGGAGAGCGGUGUCCCCAGGGAGAGUAGCGUCCCCAGGGAGAGCGGUGUCCCCAGGGAGAGCAGUAUCCCCAGGGAGUAGUGUCCCCAGGGAGAGUAGUGUCCCCAGGGAGAGCGGUGUCCCCAGGGCCACUUUUCCAAAAAGGACCGCACUCGCAGGCGAGUUGGGCCAUGCAAAACCAUCGCGGGCAUCUCUACAGAAGGGAAGAGUGGGUGGUUCCGCACUCAAAGCAACCCCGAGGCUUCUCCGCGUGGCGGAUGUGCGGCGGCAAGGGACAAGUCAGAAACUUUGA